AUGCGGCGUGGAUCUAAGGUUGAUUUUGACUUGCACUUAUCUCAUGCUCAUCAUCUCUCCAGUCAACCGUCCAGUUCACCUCAUUUUGCUUACCCAGCUGAGGUUCCACACGGCAAUGCAGUCGUCAUUCCCGGAUCGGCUGCUGCUGCGGCCGCUGUAGUGGCAGCUAACGUUGUCUCAAGCUCUGGAAACUUACAUCCCCAUCACGCAACUGCACAAUUGCAUGCUCAUCCUCAUUCGCAUACACAAGGGCAUCCGCACGCACUCAUUCAUCCCCAUGCUCACUCACACGCACACGGUCAUCCUCCUGCUGUCGCUUAUCAUGUUCUCUCGCCAACUGCCGCUGCUGCAGCUGCACACGCACAUGCGCACGCUUAUUAUUACGCUGCAGCAGCUGCAGCUGCAGCAGCUGCUGCUCAUGCCCAUGCCGCUCACGCAGUGGUUGCCGCAGCUCCAACCUACUCGGCCCUAUCUGCCUUGGUGCCAGCACCAGCAACUACCCCGUCUCCUACGCCAACUAUUCCUGCUCCGGCAUCCAGCACACUUGAAGGCUUAGCAUCAUCGCCAACUGACGCGAAAGUGGCGGGUAUGACUGCAAGACAAUGCCUAGAUGUAAGCCUGCUAGCUUUCAAAUAG